UCAACAAAUGUCCAAAAGCGACAUAAAGAAGUGGUUGGAGACGUAGUUCGGAUAUCCCUCGCCUAGAGGGACAACCUAUUCACAUAGUUAGAAAUAUUUUCACAUACCUUUAAUAUUUCAUAUGAAUGAUUUUUGGUGAAUCGGUUGUAAUAAUAAAUUUACUUCAGAUUCGAAAUUUAAGAUUAAUAAUAAAUAAUCUUAGUCAAUAUCAAUAAAUUGGUAACUUGGCUUAAAGAAAAAUUGGUUUUUAUUAUAGUUAUUUCAAUAAAUUGGAACUUACAUAAACAAUCAAACUGUAACCUUCUGCUACCUUAUGAAAAUAUCGUAUUAAACAUCUGUAAUAUUAAACAAAACAUAUGAUCUUACAUAGCCUAACAUGAAUCAAGACAAUUUAAAAACAGAAGUGAAAAAUUGAUAGGGUUUCGAUUAAUCGCAAAAAGUGAGUGUUGGAUACGAUAUUCAACUUUUUUUUUUCUUCGAAAAGAUCCGACUUCUGCAUUUUAUUGAAAUUGCAAUAUAAAUUGAAUCCCUUGCCGGAAAAUGUUUGCACUUAAAAGAACUUUAGCGAAGCCAAGUAGAAGUAUUUUAUGGAAGUCAUUACACACAUUACCAGAAUUAACAUACAGUUACGAUGCAUUGGUACCAAUCAUUUCUAAAGAUAUAAUGGAACUUCACCACAUGAAAUACCACAAAACUUAUGUGACCAACUUAAAUGAAAUCGAAAAAAAAAUGAAGGAAGCCCUUUCAAAACAGGAUGUGAAUGAAGUAGCAAGAUUAACUCCUUAUCUAAAAUUCAACGGUGGUGGUCAUAUCAACCAUUGCAUAUUUUGGAAAAAUCUAUCCCCAGAAGGCGGAGAUCCGAGUGAAGAGCUUUGUGAGGCUUUUACUCGCGAUUUCGGGGACUUUCGUGGUUUUAAAAAAGAGCUCCAAACCUUGGCUAAUGGCAUACAUGGUGGUGGAUGGGCGUGGCUUGGUUACAACAGGGGAUACAAACGGCUCGAGUUGGUGGCUCUUGAAAACCAAGAUCCUCUCGAAGGUACUACAGGUUUAGUCCCACUCUUGGGUAUUGAUGUUUUCGAACAUGCUUAUCACCUGCAGUACAGUAAUCGCCGUUCCCAGUAUGUAGAGAAGAUAUUUGAAAUUAUCAAUUGGGAAGACGUCAGUGAACGUUACAAGGAAGCCUGCACCCGGGAACCACCUGCUCCAUUAACAUUUCAACGAUCGGACUGAAGUUGAAUAAUUACACUUAUUCAAUUAGAUUCGCUUACAAGUUUAAUAAUACACUUUACAGGUAAAAUAUAAGAAUAUUAGAUUU